CGACAAAUUCCAGGAUUUUCAUGUACGCUGAACAGCCCCGAUGUCAGCACUCUGUCAGCCGCCCCUCUCUCCGGGUUUUCCUUGAAGAAAUUUUCAUGUUUUUUGUUCUCUAUCUAUGGUGUCGCGUCCCGUGAUAGCGUGUUAUUGGACAGUUCGAUCUUAGCCUUUUCAAGGUCGCAUUCAUAUCAAGGGCUGGGCUCUGAUCCGGUGUUCUUAUGUCAGUGUAUUGUCCGCCCCUUUCAAUUCCUUUCAAUUCGGAAAUGAUCUUGAGCGCUCACUUAAAUACUCGCCCCUUCCUCCACUUUGACGCUCACCAUCCUCACCCACCAACAUGGAUGUCGACCUUCCCGUACUAAAUGCUUCUGGCUCGGUGCUCUUCUUCAACCAUCUAUCUUACAAGGCUGCCAAUGGAAGGCUCCUCGUUGACGACUGUCUCUGUGCAUGUCAAGGCGGGUCAGAUGCUUGCGGUCAUGGUGGACCUUCAGGCGCUGGCAAAAGUACGCUCUUGGACCUUAUGGCGUUUCGAAAGAUGCCAAUGGACGCCGCGACGGUCUCAUUGAAUGGUCACUUAUUGGUUCCGAAGGCGAUGUACGCCAUCUCGUCGUUUGUCGAGCAAGAAGACGCACUACUAGGCGUCCUCACCGUCCGCGAGACAGUGGCCUAUGCUCUGCGGCUUCACCUACCACUACUCCUCGCAGUCAACCGCGUCCUCGCCACGCUCGGCUUGCAGUCUUGCGCCGAUCAAAUAAUUGGAACACCCAUUUCGCGGGGUAUAUCAGGUGGUGAAAAACGCCGCGUUACAGCUGCCUGCGCAAUGGUGACAUUCCCACAGAUCUUGUUCCUUGAUGAAGUGACCUCCGGUCUUGACAGUACCUCUGCCCGUGAGGUGAUGUCGGCAAUACGGACCUUGGCUGUGGCCGAAGGCAUGUUCGUAAUUGCGACGAUACACCAACCAUCUUUGGAGACACUAGGGCAGUUCACAGACCUCAUAAUGCUUUCCCAGGGAAAAAUAUGUUAUUCUGGGAAGGUAGAUGAUCUGGAAAGAUUCUUUGAGCAUUGGGGAAAGCCUGUUCCGCGAUUCAAAACCCCUGUAGAACAUGCGAUGAACUUUUUGAAUGAAGAUUUCCAGACCGAUUCCGACAGUGACAGUGGGAGUGCUGCGUCCUUGAGAGUAUUCUAUCUUUCGACCCUGAACGACUCACACGCCUCUCUCGAGAACUUGAAUCUGAAUGUUAAAGCCAUUCCCCAGCUCGACCAGGAUUUGGAUGUCUACGAAGAAAAGUUGGGAGAAGCAGGCUGGGGCGCAAAGAUUUUUUGGAAUACUAUGGUCCUGUCGGAAAGGACAACGAUAAAUUAUAUAAGGAAUUUAUUGGCGUACGGUGUUCGACUGGGGAUGUAUAUCGGGAUGGGCUUGAUGAUUGCUACUAUUUGGAUUCGGUUGGGUCUAAGAGAUUCGACGAUCAACGAUCGACUAUCAGUACACUUUUACAGUAUGUCGGUCGCAGGUAUCCCUUCUUGUAAUUUUGGAAGAGCGAGCUGUGUAUUAUCGAGAGACAAAAAAACGGACUGUACAGCACACUACCAUUUGUGCUGUCCAACACCAUUAGUGAACAUACCGUUCCUCUUCCUCUGCACGCUAUUUUUCAGUUUGAUCUGCUAUUGGGCUGUGGGACUGCAUCCAGGUCCCAACGCCUUUUUCAGGUUUCUUGCUUUCCUUCUGCUCGCGAUAACAGCAGCAGAGAGCCAAGUGCUCGUUGUUGCUGCUAUCUUACCUGUCUUUGUGGCAGCGCUUGCCAUCGGUUCCUUUUUGAAUGGCUUCUGGAUGAGCGUUGGAGGAUACUUGCAAGUCCUUUUGAAUUUAAUUAUUAAAGCACGGUCCCUCCCCCGCUUUUGGUAUUACAGCUUUCAUUAUAUGGACUACCAGCGCUAUGCAUUCGAAUUGAUUACCAAUUCGGAUCUCCGCGGUCUCACGUUCCAGUGUGAGAAAGCAAGCGAUGGGUCGUGUAGCUGUGCAUACCCGUCAUCAACACCAGAUUCAUGCACCGUGUCAGGCGAUGAUGUCCUCGAAUAUCUAGAUAUCCGAGGAAUAUCGUACGGUUCCUGGGUCGGAAUUAUGGUGUCUAUUAUUGUUAUUUACCGGAUAGCGUUGUAUUAUGCGCUCCGGCUUCGUUCAAAAUAAGCCGUUACAAUGAACAGCUAAUGACGAAUUUACACACUGGACUUUGCCCCCCAAAACACCGGUGGCUACUAAUACUUAGUGCGAUUACAUCUUCGAGGCAUAAUCAAAUUAAAUCACCGGAUAACGUUGACAUGACCCUUAUUUAACAUUGUUAAUAAUAUCAUAUUCUCCACCA